CGUGUGUGUGUGCGUGUGCAUGCGUGUGCGUGUGUGUGUGUGCGUGCAUGCAUACCAUGCUUGGUGAUCAAUGUUUUUGUGUUCUACCUUCCUUACAAAUUAUCCAGGCAAUAAUUUAAUAUCAGUCUAAAUUCUUAGAGUGUAAUGAAAGACCUUGGAAAUUACAUUUAAGUUGAUAUAUUAAAGAGUAAUAUAAUCAUUGAUAAUACAAAAAUUUCAGGAAAUUCAAACUACUACAAUCUCCAUGAUCAAACAUAAAAUGUGCUCCAUCACUCUAUUACAUCAUCUCAUUUUAUAUUCUUCGCGGUUUCACGAACUGAUACCACUUUGCUUUUUUGUUUGCUUAUUUAUGAUGAACAUUUCCCCCACUAGAUGUCAAACAAUAAAGAAAAAGAAUUUGUCUUCCUUGGUACCUAGAACAUGUAUGAGACUUUCAAUGAAUAAUUCUGAAUAAAGAAAUACACGAAUGAAAUCUUUACACACAAUAAUUGUAUCAGACAAAAAAAAAAUUGUAUCAGACAGAAGGAAUAGGUUUCAUUUUACUAUUUUGCAAGUGAGGAACUGAGGCAUUAAUGAUCAUUUAGCUACUUAGACUUAGAAUUUUGGCUUCCUGACUACCAAUCCAAUAUACCACAUUAUUUUCCCAAACUAAAUAAAUGUACUUGUGCAAGUGAAAAAUAUAUGAAAGAAGAAAAUUCUUGCAUAUGUGUGAUUCAGUGAGAGGGUUUCUGAGAUGAAUUGUGUUCUAGUGGGGGCCCCCUGUAGGCAGUAUUUUGGUAGAAUGCUGUUAGGCUACAACUUCUUUGAUUCAAAUUCCCCCCCACUAUCAGGGGGAUCUCCUGUAUUAUUAUUAUUAUUUUGAACUCUUAAUGGUUUUCCCUUUGGAGUACUUGUAAUUGAGGACCAAGGAAGUGAAAUCUAAGUCAUUCCCUGGGUUUUGCUGUAACAAAGCUUGGUACUGAAAUUGGCUAUUUUUUUCCCCUCCUCCUACCCCAACACAGCAUCCAUUAUUCCUCUCUUCCAAAGUCCUCUCAGCAAAAUCAACCCAGCUGAGACAGAGCUAAUGUAGUACGUUUCCUGGGUUAUUGUUCAAUUUUCUCUUUUGGCUCGCUUUUUGGGUGCCAGGGCAAAUCAUUAUUAAAGAGACACUGACAGACUGUGAACCGAGAAAGGCAGACUGAAUUUUGCUAGUGCGGGCUGCAGCCCUGGGGUUCUGCGUUCUCCCAGAUGGAAGCCAGCAUUCACACCGGGCACGGAGUUACCAGGUGUCCAUCCAGAGUACUACCCUACUCCUUCCACUAACCAGGGAACACUUUGUAUUAAAUUGAGAUUGUCCUCCUUUAGCUUUUUUGUUUUUGUUUUUUUCUACUGAGAGUUUUCUAUUAAACUAUUCAGAAUUGUGUGGUACUUGUUUGUUUUUAAGAUUCCACACGUCUCUUUUGAUGAAAACAUGUUGGGUGACAUUUCCUAGAAUUUUUGUCAAAUCAUUUCUCAUAUCAAUUCCUUUCAUCCUCAUUGUUUCCCCUCUAAAAAACCCUGGCAUCUGGUAGUGAUGAUUUAGACGUCAUUUCUGCUGACCUCAUCCCCGACUCAGAGAAGACAGUAGGGGGUAAGGUCAGCCCCCACACCAUAUCGGAUUUAGGCCUGGGAAGGCAGUAUAGUUCUUACUAAAUCUACUGGGCAAAGGAAGAAACUGACACACAACUGGGCUCCAAGACUCCUCAAGGUCACACUGAUGGUCAAGGCCUGAGCUCCUGUUUUUUAGAGCAAGACUGAAGAGCGCUCGACAGCUGAAUUAAAAACUGUGGGUCCCUGUCCCUGGUGCAUCCCAGAGGCGGCAGGGGAUCGCACAGCUGCGUUGUCCUGCGUGGAAGCUGGGCCGGGAACUGGCAGGGCGUGGAGUCCUCUCAGAAGCCAGCUCUGCUGGGCUCAUGAGCACCCUGGAUCGGGCCAUUUCACUGUUGUCACAAGAAUGAACAGGAUGCUCAGAGGCGUGUCACGGCAGACAACCAACCAGCUUCACACUGGCGUCUAAGUCCGUCCUCACAGCAGGGCUGGGACACAGGUGUUACUAGCCUCACUUUCGCGAAGCCGCUUGUCAAGGAUCCUACACUCAGUGCACUGCCAAGCAGGAGCUGAGAGUCUCGGCCCCUCCUCCCAAACCCAUCGGCCACACUUCGGCCGGAAAGGAAUUUGGAAGACGCGUUUUCGGUCAGCCCGAGCCUCCCGGUUCACGAGUGAAGCAGCAUGGACGCCGUCAGCCAGGUCCCGAUGGAAGCCACGCUCCCCAAGCACAUCCUGGAUAUCUGGGUCAUUGUCCUCAUCAUCCUGGCCACCAUUGUCAUCAUGACCUCCCUGUUGCUGUGCCCGGCCACUGCGGUCAUUAUCUAUCGCAUGCGGACUCAUCCCGUCCUCCAUGGAGCCGUCUGAGAUCAGAUCUCCUAAGAGGGGCAAGGGAGUGAUGUGGACGGUGUCUCCUCCCCCAACCUCUUCCUUCUCGGAAAAGCAGCAGGAGGGGCUUUGGAGUGUGGACCCUGGAGCCUGCCAUGUGAGAGGAGAUUGGGGUUCUUGUUUGGGUUUUGCCGCCAGCCAGCUGUGUGAGUUCAGGCAAGGGACCUAAUUCUCUGGGUUCCAGGUUCCUUCCCUUUUAAAUGGGGAUCAUGAUCCCUGCCCUUCCUACCUCAGAGGGUUGCAAGAACCGAUGACUUGGUGGAGGUUAAAGCUGUUGGUGAUUGUGAGCAGUUACGCAGGUGUUAUUGCUAAAUGCUGAGAAGCUUAGAAGAACCAAAGCACCUAAUUGCUGAUGUUGGCCUUCAAGGGGGCGACGAAGAUGCUGGGGGCAGAGCAGCCUUCGCCAGUGCCCCCCAGGUCAAACGAAGCAAAGGCACCCUGUCCUCAUUCCAAGGGGCCCGCAGCACUUUGGCUCAAAGUCAUUUUCUUUGCAGUGCCACUCCCUCAACUUUGUAAUUUGGAGGGAAUUGAGCGUGGCAGGGGGAGGGAGAUGGGUGGGACUUCCCAGAACCUUCUCUGUGCCAGAAUGUCUAGCCCUAUAACCAUCUAGAGGAGGCUCCGCCAUUUCUUGGCAAUGCCAAGGGACCUGGGGUGAUGGGCUUCUUUCUACAUUGGCGUCUCCUCACUUUGACACUCAAGCAAUGUUGGAAAACACAGGGUGGCUGAGUGGCCUGGGCAGCUUUCAGGAUCUCCAACCCCCACCCCCACCCACUUGUGUGCCCCACACUCGAGGAGCUCUGUGCCCCCUGCCCCAGCACCCGCUGUAACCAGCUCCAUGGUGUGAGUGUAAGCCCUUCAUUCCCUCCCACCAGCAAGCACUGCAGCCAGUCUAAGCUACAGAUUUUAAGAGAUAUUCCCAGGACUUUUGGAACUGUCUCAAAAACAAUGGUUAUUUUAGAUGCUAUGCUCUAUAUUUAUAGAGAGAGAUUUCUGGACCACUCAAGCUCCUUGACCAAAAUCAGGAGUAUCUUGGGAUGUAUUAAAUUAUGUAAAAAGAUAGCACAGAUAUCAGAAUAUUGUGUGGAAGUGAUGCUUUAACUUCGGUCUGACUUCUUUGAUGUAUACAACCAAUUUCCAAUAAAGUGCUAGAAU